ACAUGCAUGACGCUGAAGUUUAUUCCACUUUUGUGACUUGUAACUCGUACUCGCACUAAAAAUUUUGUAUUGUAAUUAUAAAUAUUUGUAAUAUAAUAAUCAAUAUUUUUCAAUAUUUAUAAUAUUUAUAAAUAUACUACAUAUUUUUAUAUUCGACGAUACAUUAUCGUGCGCGAGUUAUCAUAUUGGAACUUUGGAAAGAGCGGUGGAGGAAAGACUAAACCGCUAUUGAAAAAUUACGCAAUAAAUACAACACGUUUUAGUAAAAAAGUCAUUCAGUAUUUACAAGUGGUACGCUUUGUUUUACGCAAAGUGAACAAUGGCACUCAUCACGACUUACUGGGGCUUGGACGGCAUAAUCAUUUUUCUGGCUCUCGUGGUAACUGCCUACCUUUACAUGACGCGCAAUUUCAAAUACUGGAAAAAACGGGGUAUUUUGGAAAUGACACCGACGCCUUUCUUCGGCAAUUUCAAGGAGUGUUUAUUUCUGAAGAAAGCGCCGGCAUAUUUCCUAAAGGAAAUUUACGAUGAAACGAAGGGCCUACCCUACGUGGGUUUCUACGUAUUGGACAAGCCCUUCCUGCUGGUUCGCGAUCGAGAACUUGUCAAGAACAUUUUAGUGAAAGAUUUCAAUUGCUUCUCCGAUCGAUACAAUACGGCGGAUCCUGCCGAUCGCAUAGGAUACGCAAAUCUCUUCUUUAUCAGAAAUCCAACCUGGAAGGCGAUAAGAACGAAGCUAACACCGUUCUUUACGUCUGGUAAAAUGAAGAAGAUGUUCGACUUAAUGAUAGUAUGCGUACAGAAUUUAGAUGACUAUCUCAACUCAUUACAGUUAGAGGGUAAGGGAAAGACACUAGAAGUGAGAGACAUAACUGCCAGAUUUGCCACGGAUAUAAUCGGCAGCACCGCUUACGGACUCGACGUGAAUUCAUUCAAAGAUCCAGACGCAGAGUUCCGCAAAUAUGGCAAGAUGAUAUUUCACUAUACUACGAUUCGCGGCUUUGAGAUGCUCGCGAUAUUUUUCCUUCCAGCUAUAGUUCGUUUGGCACAGAUAAAAAUGUUCGGUAAACAGCCCUCGGAUUUUAUGCGAAAAGUCUUUUGGGAGACGCUCACUCAGCGCGAGAAAUCUGGCAUGAAGAGGAACGAUCUAAUCGAUAUCCUUAUUGAACUUAAAAAUAGCAAUGAUCAAGAACUAAAAGAUUUCACGUUCGAUGGCGAUGAUCUUCUGGCACAAGCAGCUAGUUUCUUCUCAGCUGGUUUUGAAACCUCUUCAACGACUACAGCUUUCGCAUUAUAUGAACUCGCAAUGCAACCCGAAAUUCAGAAUACCCUGCGAAAAGAAAUUCUCGAGGCACUUGAUAAAACCAACGGAAAAAUUACAUAUGACUUGACAUGGUCGUUACCGUAUCUCGAUAUGGUGGUCUCAGAAACUUUGAGAAUGUAUCCACCAUUGGGUUAUUUAAAUCGUAUGCCUAAUCAGACUUACAAAGUGCCAGAAUUCAAUCUCGUAAUUGAGAAGGGUACACCAUGUUAUAUUUCGAUGCUCGGCCUGCAUUACGAUCCGGAAUAUUUUCCCAAUCCGAAUAAAUUCGAUCCGGAGCGAUUUAACGAAGAAAAUAAACGUGCCAGACCGACGUGCGUUUACUUCCCAUUUGGAGAAGGCCCACACGCGUGUAUAGGUAAUCGCUUCGGGCUUUUGCAAGCGAAGCUAACAUUGCUUCAGAUCUUAAGCAAAUACGAGGUCACACCGUGUGAAAAAACCAUGGUACCAGUAACAAUUGAUCCCAGAGGAGCCAUGACAGUGCCCUUAAAUGGUGUAAUCUAUCUUAAUUUUCGAAAAAUUAAUACUCAUGCUCUUAUUUUGCAGCAAAUGAUCACGCAUUUGCACAAUUACAGAGUGAUGACUGCGCAGUAUAACUUCAGACUUCAAGAGAAUAACAUAUGUUUCGCGCGUGAAUAUAAUAGUAGAAUCUGCGAAAUGGCGCUCAUAACGAACUGCUGGAGCCUGGAUAGCAUAAUAAUUCUAACAGCUCUCAUUAUAAUCGCCUACCUUUACAUGACUCGCAACUUUAAGUACUGGAAAAAAAGAGGCGUUUUGCAAGUAACGCCAACACCUUUCGUAGGCAAUUUUAUGGAAUGUCUACUUCUAAAGAAAAGUCCGGCAUAUUAUUUAAAAGAACUCUACGACCAAGCGAAGGAUGAACCUUAUUUAGGUUUCUACGUUUUGGACAAGCCCAUCUUGCUGCUUCGCGACCCUGAGAUCAUUAAGAACAUCAUGAUAAAAGACUUUAAUGUAUUUUACGAUCGAUACUCCACGUCCGAUCCAAAUGAUCGUAUUGGUUACGCCAAUCUCUUCUCCAUCAGAAAUCCAGCUUGGAAAGUUAUAAGAACGAAACUGACGCCGUUCUUUACAUCCGGUAAACUGAAGAAAAUGUUUAACCUGAUGCUAGAAAGUGGGAAACAUUUGGACGAUUACUUCGAUUCGCUGAAAUUGAAUGAUAAGGGAUUAAUAAUGGACGUGAAGGAUAUAAGCUCUAAAUUAACCAUGGAUGUGAUCAGCAGCACUGCUUUCGGGCUCGAGGUGAAUUCGUUCCAAAAUUCAAACCUUGAUUUCCGCCAAUAUGGAAAAAUGAUAUUUAACACUACUUAUAAACGUGGAUGGGAGUUUCUCUCACUCUUCUUUCUUCCAAACGUAGUUCGUAUGUUUAAAAUAAAACUGUUCGGUGAGGAAACCACCGCCUAUCUGCGUAAGCUCUUUUGGGAGGCAAUCUCUACGCGCAUGAAAUCUGGCGAGAAGAGAUACGAUCUCAUCAAUAUACUGGUUGAGCUCAAGAAAAAUGAGAGUGACAAGGAGAUUGAUGGUUUCAGAUUCGAUGGGGAUGAUCUCAUGGCGCAAGCGGCCAGUUUCUUCUCAGCUGGUUUCGAUACUUCCGCAGUGCCGAUUGCCUUCGCGUUGUACGAACUCGCGUUGCAACCCGACAUUCAAAGCACACUAAGAAAAGAAAUACACGAGGUGCUCAACAAUUUCGAUGGAAAUAUCACAUAUGACAUGCUUCUGUCGCUGCCAUACAUGGACAUGGUGAUAUCUGAAACUUUGAGAAAAUAUCCGCCGUUGGGAUUUUUGAAUCGCAAGGCAAUGCAAACUUACGAAAUACCGGACUCUAAUCUCGUACUUGAGAAGGGUAUGCCGGUUUACAUCCCGAUGCUUGGUCUACAUUAUGAUUCAAAAUAUUUCCCCGAUCCUGAUAAAUUUGAUCCGGAACGAUUCAACGAGGAGAACAAACGUAAUAUACCAUCAUGUGUUUACUUUCCAUACGGAGAAGGACCACAUGCAUGCAUAGGUACUCGCUUCGGGCAAUUACUGAUAAAACUAACACUCACUAAAAUCUUAAACAAGUACGAAGUGACACCGUGCGAAAAAACUAAAAUACCAAUAGUAAUUGAUCCAAUGUUAUCCAUGACAACUCCAUUAAAUGGCGUAAUAUAUCUCAACGUACGAAAAGUUGUUAAUUAAAAUUUGAAAAAGUAUUUUUGACGUACUGACAAAGUAACAUAAUCAAGUUGUAUAAAAUGUUAACAUUGUACUAUUUGUGGGCUAAGGGUAAUAUCGAGAAAUAUAUUUUUCAAGACGAAAUA